UGUGGGCCGCAAGGAAUGCUGGGAGCCCGCGGCGCGGGGACGCUCCGGCCCCCGGCGGACUCUCGUCGCUGCUCCCCGAGCGCGGCGCUGCCGCGGAGGCGCGGCCGGUCCUCCCGACCGCCAGGGGGCGGCGGCGGGCGGGCGGCGGCGGGCGCGAGGCGCCGUGAGGCGGCGGGGCCGGGCCGCGGCAUGUCGGGGUCCGAGUCUGAGUCGGAGCAGGAGCAGUACUCCUCGGCCGAGGAUGACGACUAUGUGCCCUCAGGUGCGGAGUACAGCGAGGACGAUGAGAGCGAGCUGGUGAGGGAGGAGGAGCCGGCGGACAGCCCGCCGUCGCCCCGCGGCAGGAGGAGCCGGCCCGCCAGCAGGAAGAGGAAGAAAGGCGGUCUUUUGCUAGAGGCAGAUGAGAAAGAGGAAGAAAAGACCCAGCAGAAUGGAGAGGACCAGAAAGAGGAAGAAGUGGAUAAUGCAGAGCAAGUAGAAAGAAGCAGAGAAGAAGAAGAAAAAAAGAAAGAGGAUGCUCUUUGGGCCAGUUUCCUCAGUGAUGUAGGACAGAAGCCCAAAGCUGUGGCUGCCACACAAGGGACACAAAUCAAGAAGACUGAAGAAGAGAACAGUGGGAAUAAACCUCAGGAGAAGCCAAAAGAUUCAGGAAAAGUGACAAUCACCAAAACGUUCGAUUUUGCUGGUGAGGAAAUCAAAGUGACUAAAGAAGUAGACUCAAACUCAAAAGAAGCUAAAUCUUUUCUGAAGCAGCAAGAGAAACUGCAGUCAGCAGCUCCAGCUUCCUUGCCAACAGUCUCAGGGAUUUCAGUGGGAGCAAGACUAGGCCUGGAAGGUGUGAUGAUUUGGGCUGGAGGGAAGCGGGGGAGGCAACCUGUGAGUUCCAGUGACUCACUUCAUAGGUUCAGGCUCAAAUUUUUUAAUCCUCAUAAAUCAUUCAUCCUAGUAAGGAAAUAGCGAUUUGAGUGUCUCCUGCAGCCCGAUGAAACUGCAGGUAGCCAGGGAACAUUCCUGAGAUUGCCUGCAGUUCCCUUGACAGGUGCUUCUCAGGGCUAUAAAAAGCCAUGUCAGGCUGGGCUGUGGCUUCUUAGAGACUUCGGGUGAGCAUUUAAAUGAGAGAUGGUUUUGCCUCUUUGAUGUUCUCUAAUAUAAUUUUGAUGUGGAUUUGUCACUUUUCCGUUCAAGCUCUAACACCUAAUUCUGAGAUUAUCAUAAUGCUUGUCAAAGAUAGAAGGAGGUCGGGUCCCCUGUGUAUCUGGCAUGCCAGUCUGGUUCUUGAUGAGCUUGGGAGAUCACCAGCUUCUUAGGAAUAGAGGAGAUGCUUCUGUGUUCCAGUGAUAAUUUUUAUUUAAGUCAGUGGUUUGCAUUUAUAUUUGAAAGACAUUAGCUGCACUUGAUUUGAUCACACAGAAACAAUACCCAUCAAAUAAAUAUAUUGUCCUUCCCAUCUGCUUAGAGCAAUUCUCCAGUGUGAGUUAAGGCUGCCUUUCCCUGAGAUGGUGUUAUUCAGUUGCUGCAGCUGGAUUGUCACUCAUUUUUCCAGCUAAGUGUUGCAUAGCUUGUACUUGGCUCAGGGUAGUGAAAGCAUAGUGUGUGUGUGUGUGCAUGACCCUUGACAGCUGCUAUUCUCUGAGCUGAAUGAAGGCAUAGAUGAGCAUAGUCUUCAUGCUCUUGUUCACACUGCACAAGGGUUCAUCCCUGCAGAGCUCAUUAAUUGUAACCUGAGUGUUAUGUACAGGGUUUUGUGCUGGAAAACUUGCCUUGGGUUGGGCUGGCAUUCUUUGUGCAGAUUUGGUGGCCAAAGUUUGUUCAAGUGGCAGCUGAAGCUGGGGCAGCUCCUCACUGUGCACACUGCUGGUGGUCCCCUGUCUUCAAAGCUGCCUUCCAGUUUGCUGCUCUGAGUGCAGGCACGUUUGGCAGCCCACUGGGAAAGUUCCAGAGGCUGUUCACCUUCCAGUUCAGCAGAGAUCCAUGUUUCCUCCUGUGUCUUACAGGCCCUGGGGAGGAGCUGAGUUGCCAGUGGGCUUGUGCAGCCUGCUCAUUUCCAAGGGGCAUGGUGUCUUUUGCUGAAGCUUGGAUUGCACAGGAGUAAUAGCCAUAGCUCAGUUUGAAUUCAUGUUGCAGAUAUCUGAAGAAUUCACAUCAGAUAUGGAAAAAAGUAGACUAAAAAUCAAUAUAAGAAAUAAUGAGUUCAAGUACUUUAACUUUCCUUCAGUGAAAUUAUUUUGGAAGCAGCCUAAUUAGGUCAUUGUUCAGCUUGCUGGUGUGUGAUGUCCUACUGACAGUUGCUUGGCCAGAACAUGAGGUGACCUGGCUGUGGAGAAGGGUGGCAAAAAAUAUCCUGGGUUUGUAUGCCUUGCCUUUCUUCAGAGCACCGAACCCCAAAGCAGCACAGCCCUAAAUGCCUUCCCUUUCACAGCCUCCUGCAGUGCAUCCUGGCUUUGUGCAGGAUCCUAUGGCAGAGGAAGAGCAGUGGUGUUUGGAUCAAUGUGUGGAACAGCCCAGCUCUCUUGAGGCUUUAGCAGGAGGUUCUCUGGGGCAAUCUGGGCAGCAUGGGCCCUCUGAUAUGAGAGUGCUCCAGGGAGUCUUGGGCUGGUACCGAGACUGAUCCCUGAGACUGCCAGCAAACAUGCUUGCCUUUGGGCUUAGGAAGAUGCUUCCAGCUGGGAAGCCAGGCCAGGGUAUUUUCAGGUGAGAAAAUUAUUAGCAGGCUUGUGGUAUUCCUUAAAGCCAGGGGCAAGCCCCAUAUGUUCAGCAAAUUACAAAGGUCAGGUUUUAGACUUGAGCCAAGCUAUCCAGACCCUGCUGCUUUGGAGCAAAGAGUCACAAGCCUUAGUGACAUGCCAGAGCAGUGCUUGGGGAGUGACAGAGCCUGGCAUAGCCUGACAGUUCUUUGCACCUUUUGUCUACUUAAAAUAGAAGUUUUGGGGGAGCAGGUACAUUUUUCUCUUCUGCAUUAUGGGAGAGCCCCAGUCUAUUGCCACAAGGCAGUGAAAAAUGUGAUUUUGGGAUCUGAGCUGUGCCUGUGGACACCCACUGUGCUGUGAGCCAUUGUCAGCCCCCAAGAGCUUUGUCAGCUAUUAAAAAAAAAAAAAAAAAAAAA